AUGGAGCACCUACUGCAUGUGUGCGGGAGGCGGAGUAGCCAGACGCCAGCCCCAUUUUUCGGGUCCGAAAAGGGGCUCAGAACUUACCUCGUUCUGGCCCGGAAAGGGCGUCAAAGGUUCCACACCACUGGGAGUUGCUACAAGGGCCGGACUGGCGCUGAGCACCUGUGGCUGACGCGGCAUUUGAGGGACCCAUUUGUGAAAGCUGCGAAGGUGGAAAGUUACCGGUGUCGAAGCGCCUUCAAGCUCCUGGAAAUGAACGAGAGGCACCAGAUCCUACGGCCUGGCCUCCGGGUGUUAGACUGUGGGGCCGCUCCUGGCGCGUGGAGCCAGGUGGCUGUGCAGAGAGUCAACGCUGCGGGCACAGACCCCAGUGCUCCUGUUGGCUUUGUGCUUGGGGUAGAUCUUCUCCACAUAUUCCCCCUGGAAGGAGCAACGUUUCUGUGCCCUGCUGAUGUGACUGACCCUAGAACCUUCCGGAAAAUCCAAGAGCUGCUUCCUGGUGGGAGAGCAGACGUGAUCCUGAGUGACAUGGCACCCAACGCCACAGGGAUCCGUGGCCUCGACCACGACAGGCUGAUUAGCUUGUGUUUGUCCCUUCUGGACAUGGUCCCAGAUGUCCUGCACCCCAGGGGGACAUUCCUCUGUAAAACCUGGGCUGGAAGUCAGAGCCAUCGGUUGCAGAAGAGACUGACUGAGGAAUUCCAGAACGCAAGGACUGUAAAGCCCGAGGCCAGCAGGAAAGAAUCAUCAGAGGUGUACCUCCUGGCCACACAGUACCGAGGGAAGCCGGGAGGUCUGAAGGGCUGA